AUGCAAGCAUCGCUCGUGGCAGACUCCGAGGUGCCCGAUGGCGGGUAUGGAUGGGUUGUCAUCUUUGCGUCUGCAGUCAUCACUUUCUGGUUCGUGGGCACAACCUACUGCUGGGGUGUAUUCCAAGCAGCCCUUGUCCAAGAGGGCGUUUCCUCUGCCUCGACAUUGGCUUUUGUGGGCUCCCUGACUACGGCUUGUAUUUCAUUUAUGGCGGUGUUCAAUGCGAAAGCCAUACGAAAACUGGGCCCGAGACUUUGCGGAAUGCUGGGUAUCUCUCUGUCCGGCUUGGGUGAAGUGAUGGCGGGAUUCGCGACAACGAAUGUCGUGGGGUUGUUCAUGACUAUUGGGGUGGUGAUGGGUCUUGGAACUAGUUUGCUAUUCAUGGUCGUAUCCACUAUGCCCGCUCAAUAUUUCAAGGCGAAGCGAGGGAUCGCCAACGGCAUUGUAUAUGCCGGUGGUGGCAUUCGCGGUGCCGUGAUCAGCUUUGCAACAAACGGUCUUUUGCAGGCCCUCGGCAUAGCAUGGACAUUCCGCGUCCUAGGGUUCAUUACGUGGGCUACAGGUUUACCAGCUGCAUAUCUCAUCAAGGCACGCGUCCCAAUACGGCCAACUUCGUUCGUUGAAUGGCGCCUGUUUUGCGACUACCGAUUUGUGCUUAUUUUCCUCGGAGGAGCGCUGGCUACGUUUCCGCUCUUCGUGCCCCCGUUCUUCCUGCCUCUCUACGUAGAAUCGCUUCAUAUGACUUCUAGCGUCGGAGCCGGCCUUCUGCGACAAAAUUGGAGCCUUGAACACUGUGUUCUCAUCCUUGAUGCUGAGCGCUCUAAGCGCAUUGGUGCUGUGGCCGGUCUCUAA